UUCCUUGUUUCCAGAGGAAAGAGUUCACUGUAACACCAGUUGUCACUGUUUACAUGGAUGACAUGUGACAGUGGAGACCUGUGUACCUCAUGUACUCGUGUAGUCAUGACUCCCUCCCAAGACCCAAAUACACCUCCUGGGGACCUGCUCCCCCGCACUGACUGUUGCUACACCAGCUGCUACUGUGAAGAAAAUGUUUGGAAGCUCUGCGAGUACGUCCGAGAUCAGAGUGAAAGACCUCUGCAAGAAUUUUAUGCUGUGUUCCUGUCUAAUGAAAAGAGAAUGAUACCUAUUUGGAAACAGCAAUGUGGUAGGCAUGGUGAACCUGUAAUAUGGGAUUAUCAUGUUAUCUUGCUCCAUGUCUGCAGUGGAGGACAGCGGCUGAUUUAUGACCAAGAUAGUGUGCUGCCAUUCCCAUGCCCCUGUGAGCGAUAUAUUAAGGAAGCUCUCCAAUCUGAUCAGAAUAUCCAUAAGGACUUCAAGAGAAAGCUCAGGUUAAUACAAGCAGAUGAGUUUCUCCGGACGUUUGCUUCUGACCGUUCUCAUAUGAAAGACGCGGGUAAUAAGUGGAAGAAGCCUCCUCCUCCUUAUCCUUGUAUCCGCACUGCAGAAUCUUCAAUGAACCUGGAUGAGUUCAUCAGUAUGGAUCCCGCUGUGGGCUACGGCAAAGUGUACACACUGGGAGAGUUUACAGAGCACUUCGGCACCCCCGUAUGAUGUGUUCCAGUCUGCUCAUUCAUGAGGACAAUGCAGAGAAACCAGCUAUUGUUCACUGCAAGUUUCCACUGUGCAUAAUUCAUUCCACCCAUUGUCCGUGUUCCACUUCUCGGCUUCAUUCAGCUCUCCGGUGCCCAGGAAGCUUGGACAAUGUGAUGGAGGACUCACCUGCCAUGUGACUAUUUGAGGAACCGGUUUUAUUUUUCAAUCACCAGCAAGACUUUGUUAAUUUUAAAGAGGAAACAACCAUUGCCAAUAUUAUAGGCCUGUAAUUAAAAUAUAUAAUGCCUAAGAAAU